AUGGCCAAAGAUUUGAUCCAAAGUGAAGGCGACAAAAAGCUUCGAAAAUAAUAAUUAAAAAAGGAUAUAUUUUUCAAUAAUUCAUGCAAAGGACAAAAACGAUUUGGUAGUGUUCUGUAUUUUAGAAAACAGAAAAUGAUGGAAAAGGAGCAAAGCAUAAAUUACCUAGCGCAUUAACACCAUAAUUUGAGGGUAGUGUUUAACUUGAGACAGCUUUACAGCAAUGGAAACAAAAGUGCAGAGCACAGAUAUGUUAUAUUCUUUACCAGUUGAGAAUGUCCAAGCUCUUGCAUCCAAGAACCUCAACAGAAUCCCAUCCAGAUACAUCAGACCAGAGGUCGAAUUCGAUGUAGUUUCCAUAGAUGAAUCCCAGCAGAUUCCUGUAAUUGACAUGAGCAAACUAGACCAUCAUGAUGAACAGAAAAAACUCCACCAGGCUUGCAAAGACUGGGGUUUCUUCCAGUUAAUCAACCAUGGGGUAGCAGAUGAAGUGAUUGAGAAAAUGAAGACCGAUACACAGGAGUUCUUCAACUUGCCCUUGGAGGAGAAAAUGGCUUAUGCAAAGAUACCAAAUUACCUUGAAGGGUACGGUCAAGCUUUCGUUCUUUCAGAAGACCAGAAGCUUGAUUGGGGUGACAUGCUCUUCCUUUUUGGCCUGCCUGUGUCCACAAGAGAUCCGAGAUUCCGGCCGACCAACCCCCCUUCAUUCGGAGCAAGUUUUGAUAAGUACUCAAUGGAGUUGCAUAAGGUUAUGAUUCAUCUAAUGAAGCUGAUGGCCAAUAACCUGGGGACUGAUCCCGAGAUGCUUGCAAGCUUUUUUGAGGAUGGAAUACAAGGAAUAAGGAUGAACUAUUAUCCACCCUGUGCAGAGGCAAGCAAGGUAUAUGGUCUAGCACCACACUCAGACGCUACAGGCUUAACGCUCUUGCUUCAAGUGAAUGAAGUUGAAGGAUUACAAAUCAAGAGAAAUGAGAAAUGGGUGCCUGUUAAACCCAUCCCUGCCUCAUUUAUCAUCAAUAUUGGAGACAUGAUGGAGAUUAUGAGCAAUGGAGAAUAUAAAAGCAUAGAACACAGAGCUGUGGUUAAUCCGGAAAAAGAGCGGCUGUCAAUUGCAGCAUUUCACAAUCCAAAAAGAUGUACCCAGAUUGGUCCUUUGCCAGAUCUUACGAAGACCAACAAGGCACUUUAUAAGACUGUAUCAUUUCAGGAGUUCAUGGAACUGAAGAUGAGCAGCAAGCUUGAUGGGAAAUUUAUGGUGAAGAAAUUGAAGCUCUAGUUUAAAUUCUUAGUUGACUGUAUCAACUCUUUCGCUUUAAUGGAUUCAUCUUGGUCCAAGGGAAAUUAAUCGCUUAUGUUUCUCAAAAUAAGUUAUCUUUUGACAGUGAUAUAUUAGAAACUAGAGGCAGCAGUGAAGUUCAAUAUA